AUGACCUCUCAUGCCGCUCGACGCAUGGUGAAAACCAAACGACAUAAGCGGGGUCUUGAUCAAGUCAAGGAGGAUUUGAAGAACCCACGACAUCUAGCACAACAUAAGGAAUCGAAAGCCGCUGAGGAUCUACCAGGCUUGGGAGCCCAUUACUGCAUACAAUGCGCCAAGUACUUCUCAGAUGCUCACAACCUGAGCGAGCAUCGAAGAGGCAAGGCUCACAAGCGCCGCAUCAGAGAUCUGAAAGAAGAAUCUCACACGCAAAAAUUGGCUGAGGCGGCGGUAGGUCUUGGCACUGACAACGGCAAUAAGGGAUGA